CUUGGAAUUGCCUGUUUAGGUGUUGGUCUGCCCAACAGGAAUAUAAGCUCUAUGAAAGGAGAGAGGUCAAUUGCUUUGUUGCUUUUUAUCUCACCAGUGCCCAGAAUACUUCCCAGCACAUAGUAGGCAUUCAAUAAGUAUUUAUUGAAUAAAUGAUUAAUUAAUGCUAGGCACUUUAUGUUAUCUAACAGAAAAGAAACUGUCAAUGUUUCCAAAAUCCGUUAACUCACACUUCCUUCCUUAAACGUGGCUAUAAAAGGGAGCAAGAAAACUCAAGUGAAACUCACUGUUAGAAUAUUGCCAUUCUUGUCCACAGAAGAUUAAACCCUGGAGGAAGAUGGCUCGGCAUUACCUAUGGAUCCUGCUCCUUUGCCUGCAAACCUGUCUGGAAGCAGUCGCAAGUGACACAAACAUCCUCAUGGUGAAUGGGAUUCUGGGAGAGUCAAUUACUUUCCCCUUAAAUAUCCAAGAAUCACAGCAAGUUGUGAGCAUCGCUUGGAAUUCUGGAACAUCUGUUGCUUUUGUAGUACCAGGAGAUGCAGAGACAGCAGCCAAGAUUACUGUGACCCACCAAAAUUACUAUAAACGAGUAAAUGUCUCAGGUCAGAGCUACAACCUGGAGAUCAGCCGUCUGAGGCUGGAAGAUGCAGGGAUCUACAAAGCUGACAUAAAUAUAAAGACCUCUGAAAAGAUUGCCACCAUCACCAGGUGCUAUAACCUCCAAGUCUAUCGUCGGCUUGGGAAGCCAAAAAUUACUCAGAGUUUAAUGACAUCUGUGAACAACACCUGUAACGUCACGCUGAUAUGCUCUGUGGAGAAUGAAGAAAAGAAUGUGACGUACAGUUGGAGUCCCCUGGGGGAAGAGGGUCAUGUCCUUCGAAUCUUCCAGACCCCUGACAACCAGGAGCUGACUUACACAUGCACAGCCUGGAACCCUGUCAGCAACAGUUCUGACUCCAUCGCUGCCCAGCAGCUGUGUACAGGCAUCGCAAUGGGCUUCGGUACCCGUCAUGCUGGGCUGCUGAGUGGGCUGGCUGUGCUCUCUCUGUUUGUCCUCAUUCUACCUUCACUGCUCUUGUUCCUUUUGUGCAAGAGAGGACAAGGUUCCUUCUUGAAGAUCUUCAGUAAGAACCCUGAUGCUGCCUCAAAGAAGACAAUAUACACAUACGCCAUGGUUGUAAGAGAUGCCCAGCCAGCAGAGCUUAGAAUCUAUGAUGAAAUCCCCCAGUCCAAGGUGCUCCCCGACAAGGAACAAAUGAACACAGUUUAUUCCAUGGUGCAGUGCUCUGAUAAGGGGAAAAGCAGCGCUCAGGACAGCAAACGCUCUGGGACUUCAAACUACGAAACUGUGAUCUAAGCUCUCAGACAGCAUUCUCCCUAUAGAAGCUGAGCUACAGCAUAGACACUCGCAGAUGCUCCGAACCCAGAAUUUCUCUGCCCAGAUCUUACCUGGAGAUUGCAAAUCACCACAUCCCAACAUGGAAGCAAAGCAGGAACUGCUCUGGGGCUGGGCAUAGCUUGUGCCUAGAUCACAAGCAAACAUGUGCCCAUUCUGAAAUGGGUCCCUUGCAGUUGAGCGACGAGGCGGGUGCCCUGGUACGGUGCCUCCCAACCUUCUUCACAUCAGAGUACAUGUAGAAGACAAUAUUUUUAUGACACACUGGGAUAAACAAUCAAGAUCGCUCAUGUCUAGAGGCUGCAUAUGGCUGGAGGCUACAUAUGGCUGGAACUGAUGACCCUUCCCAGCCACCCCAUACAUGGAGAAGACCAAUAUUCUGCACACCUGUAAUAUGCCACGGCAUACCGCCUAGAAUGCUCCGCUCACCCACAGUAUCUGUGAGGAGCCCUGGGGCACGGCCUUCGCCAGUCCACAGAGCAGCUCGGGAUACCCACCCAUAGUGUGAGUGGGUGGGUAGGAUUAAUUCGCUGUUCUUAGUCUACCAAUCAGAUGUUAAUCUCAUCCAGAAAUACCAUCCACUGAAAGCCUCAAUAGAACAAAAUGACAGAGUAAGGGAGAGUUCAUCCUGUCUCUCUGCCUGCCUGUCUCUGAGGUGAGACAUCAAUCUUUUCCUACUUUAGGACUCGGACUUGGCCUGGAACCUACACCAUCAGCUCUCCAGUUCUCAGGUCUAGGGGCUCAUACCACUGCCUCUCCAGCGUGCACACUACAGACCUUGGGAUUUCUCAGUCUCCAUAGCCCCAUGAGCCAAUUCCUUGUUAUAUAUAUAAUGAUAUUUUCCUAUUGGUUGUGUUUCUCUGCAGAGCCAGACUAAACACACUCCAAGCAGCCUGAGCAAAAAAGGAGCCAAGUGUCCCCAUUCUCCAAAGGGAACUGACCAGCUGUAUUUCUGGCACUUCAGGGGAACUGAAUAUAUCCCAACUACCAAAGUCAGAGACCUUGAAAGAAGCAGGGUCAUUCUUCAGAGGGAACUCGGGAGAUAUGGUGCAAAUGACUGUGGGCUCAGCCCAGAGAGCCAUGGACUUCAAACUGUGUUUGGGUGCCACACCCCCACCCUGUCAGCACAAGGAGCAGUAGCCCAUGGCUGAGCAAAACAUUCCAGUGAGCACUUGAAGAAUCAUUUCCCUUAUGCGUGAGCAAACAUAACCAGCUGAACCCUAAGUCCCCACGAACAAUCCCGGUCUGGACAGCAGAAAUAAGCUUCAUUUAUGAAGAAUGGAGGUGUUGGUCCCAGCGAAUGGAUCCACAGAACCGUCGAGGCCUGAUUACCAUUAGCACUAUGUUGGGGGCUGUAAGGACCACCAAGGCGUAAGAUGAGCAUAAUGUCUGCUCUGGUCUUAGCUGAAGACAUUACAGUCAAAUCCUGAAUUAUAUGCUGCAAGGAGUGGCAUGAGCUGGCACGGUCAGGAAAGACCAACGGGGAGGUGGGGCUGAAGCUGGGCCUUGGAUGGACUGGCAAAGAAGGGAGAAGACAGAGGGCAUCCCAGUGAAGGCAGCAGAGGCCCCGGGCCUUGUGGGGUUCCUGAGCACCUCUCCACACUCCCCGUGCACCCUCACAGCCCCUCGUCUAUCGUGGCAGAGUGCCUCCUCUGGAAUGUGCGCCCCUGCUCCUGCCCAUUUACACACCCCUCAAUGCUCAGCUCAAAUGAGCCUCCGCUGUGAAGUGCCCUUUGGUGUCACUGGUCAAAUUAAUUAUGGCUUUUUUUGCAUUCCUUCCCCUGUCUUUGGUCCUUCUAUCACUAUUAACUCAUUUCAUUCUGCCCUACAGAACAAAUAAUUAUUUGUUUCCCUCUACAUUAUAUAUUGCAUUAUACAUUAUGUAAGAUCUGUGACUUCAUGAUCACGAAGAAGUGUCAGGAGAGGUGGUAGUUUGAUCACUUCUGCCUCUACCACUGACCAGCACAGCACCUUGUACCAUGCUUGUGAGCAGUUAAUGCUGUGGAAAAGCAUUGAAAGUGACCGGCCAGCUCAAACAGAAGGUACAUGUUGGGAGUACUGACAGCCAAUAAGCAGAGUGGAGUCAAAUUAGGGCAAGCAUUAAAUAUCAGGGUACAGACGUCAGAGGCUCUUCCCGGUGGGAGGGCAUUUUGGAGGGAAAAGAUUUUCAGGGUUGGACAGACCAACUAAAACAUCACCUGAAGCAACGAACCGGAUGUGAGGAGGUGAGAGGCAGUUGCCCUAGGGAGAGACAUGGAGGAGGAAAACAAACCGACUUGGUCAUAAAGGAUGGGGAAGUGGCGUGGAGUAGGCUGGGUUUCUCCUGAAAUAAAAGCCCCUUCGCCUUUACCUAA